GAAUAAAAUACUAAAAUAUGUUGUUAAAUAUUUUUUGGAAAUACUAACUUUAAUUUAAAUUUGUUAUCGAUCACGAUAUCACGAGUGUUGGUAGACGCUCGAAAAAACCGCGGUCGAUAAUUCACUGGCAGCAAAAAAAGCGGGAGGAUUUGGACAAAGUUAAUGCGAAUUAAAAAUUGCCAGCGAUCAUGGAGACGCCGAAGGGUAGUGGGUCCGCCUCACGCCCCGAUCGCUCGGCCACCCCACGCCUCUCCGAGCGGAAGCGGCGACUGUUCGGCAGUCCCGUAACCCGAAUAGUCAAGAUCAAUGACGAUGAAGAUGAGGACGUCGACAUUCUUGGGGUUUCGCCCUUGAAGCCCCAUGUGACGCCCAACAAACCGAGCGGGGGCUCCUUCACCGAGCACGCCACACCAGGCAGGAGGCGAGUGCUGCGCAGCAGCCCCAAUAGCAGCCCCGAAACCAACAAGGAAAACAAGACGGGGCGCAGCAAAAGGGCUGUCGUGGCGGCCACGGCCACGGAGGAGCAGCUGCCGCACUUGUUCACCACCACAAUGCGGCUGAAUAGCAACAGUAGCAGCAGCCAAGCCAGUAGCCCCCGUACGCCCAAGCAAGGACGUCGCCAGCGGCCGGAUUCUCUUAAAUCCUCGCCAGCCUCUGAGGCGGGAUCACCGGCAGUACGCCAGGAACGGGCGAAGCCAAAGCCCAGGCCGGAGGUUAGCGAGAGCAGCACCAGACGCAGCCCCCGCAACGAAAAACUGAAGACUAUGGAGCCCAGUCAAGGGGCAAGGAGUGAGCAAACCAGGAUCAGUCCCAGAAACCAUAGAAAAACCACAAAAACUGUAAACAAUACAAAGGCUGCUUCUCCAGGAUGUGUUACCACAGAACUUGGCCAGAAAAGCAGUACGAAUAGCCAAAAGUCCCCAGUAUCCAUCCUUAAACCCACUAGAAAAAGCAAUGAAGGCGGUUUGAAGAGUCGAAGAGCCUCUGUGACCAUUAUGAACCACGAAAAGGACCCAAACUCUCCUUUAAGAAUCGGUGGAAACCCAACCAACCCCAAGACUCCAAAAUCCAAUAUAGAAAUGAUGCUCGCUUCGGAGGAUGAAGUAGAUGAAGUAGAUUGUAGGGCUGCUCCUCGUCAGCCCCAGAAGCGCCUGCACCCGGCCACGCCUUCUGCCAAGGCUGGCUCCUCAACAGAAUCCGACUCGGGAUCGCCGCAGAGCAAGUUGCGCAGGAUGAACCUGGAGAGCAGCAUACCCACAAUGGCCUUCUAUUCGCACAGUGAAAGUGGAGCGAUGCGAGCGAAGGGAACACGAGGCAAGGCGGCCAGGACCCCUCAGUCGAGCAAGGCAAAGACCUCGCCGAAGCGUCGAGUCGCGCGGACGGGAAUCAACAAUGGAGUGAGACACAAGAUUCGAAAGCGGCCUGGAUUAUCCCAACACUUGCCACAAACCAACUUGAAUCACAUCCUAAGCUCCCUGAGAAAUGAGAGGCUGAAGAACUUGAUCACCACCAAGCGCGAGGAACGCGCCAAGGUGGAGGAGGUGCACGAGAUUCUGCGCACGGCCCGGGAUCCGAUCAAAAUGGCCAAACCCUUAAGUGUGCUGGAUUCCGAAGACGCCAACAACAACAACAAUAACAAUGUCUCUGUUGGAGCCAUGUGGCGGGACACGGAUAAAGACUUUAGCGACCUAAGUGAGGAUGAAGAGAAGGUGGACAUCUUGGAUCCCGCAAUGGAGCUGGAACCCAUCAUACCUUUAAUACGGCACGAGACUACAACACACACUUCACCGCCCGCCGAGACUGUGGAUCUCAGCAAGCGCAAGUUCUUCAAGUCGGGCCGCAGGAGCAGCACCUGCAUGGAGGUUCGGAUCACGGACAACAUCAAGGCCAGUGUCAGCCAGGGCAAGAUUGCCCUGGUUCAAACGCCACGCCGGAAGCCACGAUCCGUUCGCGUCAAGUCAGCGACGAUAUUCUCCGCGGAGCAGGCCACCGUGGAUGCGAUCCUCAAAAGCUUAAAUGACUCUGUGUUCGGUGAGAUAGUUGAGUCUGAGCCCAAGGCGUCUAUCACGCCCAUGGAGACCGAAUCCGAAUCGUUGCCGGAAACGAUCGAAACCGAGGCAAGGAUAGAUCUCGAUCCCUUUGCUGUAUUCCGACAACGAUUGCCAUACCAAACGGAGGAUCCGGAGCUCAUAGAGCAACAGCAAAUCCUGCUCGAGUUCCUCAUCAGCAACAACAUCUGCACCGAAGAGAACUUUGAGAUCUUCAUUGCGAAUCCGGACAGUCACAAGGAGGAGGCCAAUCGGAUUGUUGACGACCUGUACAUGGUGGUGAACAGCGAGGAGGCAUCGGCGCAGGUGGCUCAAAUGGAAGCCGUGCCGCAACCAGUGGUGGUGGAGGCUCCACCUCCUCAGGAUCCCGUCCCGGAAGAAGCCCAGCCAAAGCUAUUUCCCAUAUUCACACAGCGACUGCAGCCUGUUGUCCAAAAAUCCUCGCGUCGUCGACCCAGCACCUCCAUGAGACUGCUGUCCGAGGCGGCGGGGGGAUCCAAUCAGUACCAGAUCGAUGCCGGGCAGAAGGCCUUUGGUGCCCGUCAGUGCCAGCAGUGCGGAUUGGUGUACACCGUCCACGAACCGGAGGAGGAGCAGCUGCAUCGUGAGUACCACAACUCGAUCCAUGUGCUGCGCUUCAAGGGCUGGAUCGACGAGGAUAUUGUGGCCGUGUAUCCGGAAUGGGGCAACGAUGGCCGCAUCGUAAGGCUCAACGAACGGGCGCCGGCGGCACGACUCGAGCGACUCAAGGAUCUCAUCGGUGUGGUGGACAAGGAGCUGGGCUACUCUUCGUAUAUUGUGCCAAAGAUAUUCGUGGCCUUCAUGGCGGUGCGAAAGCAACAGAUUGUGGGUUUUUGCCUGGUGCAGCCCCUGUCGCAGGCCCAUCGGUUCAUCCAGGUCGAUGGCACGGACUACUUCAGCGAGGAGACCUACCAGGCUAGUUGCGGAGUAUCCAGGAUAUGGGUGUCACCCCUUCACCGUCGUGGCGGCAUCGCCAGCAAGCUAAUACGGGCUGUCCAGUGCCACACGAUAAUUGGUCAGGAGAUUUCCAUGGAGUCCAUAGCCUUUAGCACGCCCACCGACGACGGGCGAGCUCUGGCGCGGCGGCUCACCGGGUUAGAUAACUUUUUGACCUACGACCAGUGACCCAGGCCUCUUGGAAGAGCGGGAAAGACGGCUAUUGAAUAGCUGGAUUAGUUUGGAUUUAGGAUUGCUUCGGAACCUGUUCUAACUUAUUAAGUUACAAGUGGCGAGUACAAGCGCCAUUUCAAUUGUGUUUUAAGGGUGGAACAAGUGUCCCCGUGAUUAUGCAAUAAAGUUUGGUUUAAUACA